AUGUCCACACCCCAGCUCGCAUCCUUCAAGGUCCCUUCUAUUGAAAAUGAGCCUAUGAAAACAUAUGCCCCAGGAUCGGUGGAACGCAGAGCCCUAGAGCAGGCGAUAGCUCAAAUGGAACAAGAGCUUCCGUUCGAGGUCCCCUGCAUCGUCAACGGAAAACCAGUGAAAACUGGCAAUCUUGCUAAACAACCAAUACCAUCGGACCAUGCUAGGCAUCUCUGCUCCUAUCACGAAGCAGAUGUGGCGACAGUGGCGAGCGCGAUUGAGGGGGCUCUAGAAGCUAAAGCUCGAUGGGAAAGCAUGCCAUGGAGCGAUCGUGCUGCGAUCUUCCUCAAGGCUGCUGAUCUGGUCAGCGGGAAGUACAGGUAUAAGCUUAUGGCUGCGACAAUCCUCGGGCAAGGAAAGAACGCAUGGCAGGCUGAAAUCGAUGCUGCUGCAGAGUUGACCGAUUUCCUGCGCUUCGGCGUAAAGUUUGUCGAGGAGCUAUACUCGCAGCAGCCUAGCAAGAACUCUGCCGGAGCAUGGAACCGCGUCGAGUAUCGAGCUCUUGAGGGGUUCGUGCUCGCCGUUUCUCCAUUCAACUUUACUGCCAUUGGAGGGAAUCUUUCGGGAGCCCCGGCACUCGUCGGAAACACUAUCGUGUGGAAGCCAUCUCCCGCGGCGACGUAUUCGAACUAUAUAAUCCACCAGAUAUUCACGGAAGCUGGCCUUCCUGCUGGCGUCAUCCAGUUCGUGCCCGGCCCACCGGCCGAGGUAGUAGCACAAGCCAUCUCUCAUCCAAGCUUCGCGGCACUCCACUUCACCGGAAGCACCUUCGUAUUCAAGAAGCUCUGGAAGGACAUCGCCUCUAACCUGGAUAUCUACAAGGGGUACCCAAGGAUUGUGGGCGAGACGGGAGGUAAAAACUUUCACGUUAUCCACCAGUCAGCGGAAAUUGGCAACGCUGUUCUGCAAACUAUCCGCGGUGCUUAUGAGUACCAAGGUCAGAAGUGCUCUGCCCUAUCCCGUGUAUAUGUCUCUUCGUCUGUAUGGAACGGCGGUUUCAAGGACCUCCUAUUGUCGCAGGUGGCUAAGAUCAAGGUCGGCGCGCCGCAGAGCUUCGAUAACUUCAUGGGGCCAGUCAUUGGUCGGCCUGCUUAUGAUAAGAUCAUGGGAUACAUCCAAAAGGCCAAAGAAGCCGGUGGCGAGAUUUUGGCUGGCGGUACCGGCGACGAUUCCAAGGGAUACUUCAUCCAACCUACUGUCAUUGAGACCAAAGAUCCAAAGAUGAUCACUAUGGUAGAAGAAAUCUUCGGACCAGUGAUAACUGUAUACGUAUUUGAAGACAAAGAUUUUGAAUCAACCCUUGACUUGAUUGACUCUACAACUGACUAUGCUUUGACUGGCGCAAUCUUCGCUUCCGACCGCCAUGCACUCCUCACCGCAACAAAUAGACUUCGCAACGCAGCAGGAAACGUGUAUUAUAACGAGAAGUGCACGGGCGCCGUCGUCGGGCAACAGCCAUUCGGCGGAGCCAGGGCAAGUGGUACGAACGACAAGGCGGGUAGUAUCAGUAUCUUCUACCGCUUCGUCAGCGCGCGCAGUAUCAAGGAGAACUUUGUCGGGUUGGAGGAUUUCCAGUAUCCCUCCAAUUUGAUAUAG